UGUAUAUACUUAAAGCGACUCUGCUUUCACAAAUACAUGUGCGCCUCAUCAGCGGAGAGCAUAUGUCACUGCAAUUGCUUUCUCGUGCUCUACUCCUACUCCUGCACUGAAUGCCAAGGAACUCGGCAUGAAGUCGCUGGUGGCUGAUCUUUCGCCCCACUCCCGCUCCAACCAUCAACAAUGCCUUUCCCGUUCGCCCUGCCAACAACAAGCUCGGUACUGCUAUCAGACUUCUUCGAGAGUGCGACGCAUCCUUCGUUACCGCUUACUGCGACGACGAAGCGGAGUCUGCUCAAGGAUACCUUGAAGAAGCACAAACGCCUUGCUCCGCGCGAGCAAGCUUCACAUCUCUCAACCGUUCAGAAUGCUCUGACGGAAUUCAUACCAUACCUACUGACUCUGAAUGCGGCCGUUGCUUUCAGUGACGUGGAUACGGAACGAGUGGAUGUAGGGAUAAGGAGGCCGCUGGAGGUAGAAUGGCGGACUACGCUUUCUGCAACUCUUCCAGGACGCGAUCCCCCACGACUGAAAUUGGUCGGCCUGCAUCAUGAGCUCGCUUUCACGUUGUCCACGCUGGCUUACGUGCACUCAUUACUGGCGCGCUCGCAGCUGCGAAUCUUGCAUGAUGCAGUCGUGCUACCAGCCGAGCAACGCUCGGGCGCUGUGACUGCGGCAAUGAAACAUCUACUGGAGGCGCACGGUAUUCACAAGUACGUUCUCUCUCUGCCGACAGUCGCGGCUGCAAGGGAUGCUCCUGCGGACAUACAGCCGUCGACUGUCUCUGCUCUAGCGUCACUGGCAUUGGCCGAAGCCAGCCUCAUCUUUGUGUCAAAAGAUGAUCCGUACGCAGCAGCGGUAGCCGACAACCGCAAUGAAACUAACAAAGAUUGGAUGUUCAAAGCGCCUAGUAUUCCUAAGGUCAGAGCACACCUUUUUGCGCGCAUAUGUCUCGCUGCAGCAGAGCAUGCGGGCCAGGCUCAAGGUCUGCUCAGUUCUGGCAAAAUUGAUGACGACCUCGUCAAGUAUGCCACGGAUUUGCGGAGGACGGCAAAAUGCAAAGCGAUCCGCUUCCUUGCCAUUGAUGCCGACCUUGGUGGUAAGACAGGUGAAGCUCUAGCGUGGCUCAAGGGCGCACGGAAGCAGCUUGGCCUAACCGUGGAGCUCGAAGACGGCAAGCGGAAAGGUUUCAAGGGUUUCAAGCAGAGCUGGCAAGAACGCCGUGAAGACAGGAAGAUUGAGAAGGGCGUCGAAUGGGGCAUGGAUGCAGGCAGGUAUGAGGAAGCUCGGGUGCUUGAGUCCCUGGAGGCGAAGUGGGACCGCGAGAACAGCACGAUAAAUGUGCAAGUUGUGCCGCCUUACGAGCCUCUGCUAGCCAGCAUGCCGACCGGAAGAGAGUGUCAUUCGCCGCAAUUAUGGCAACCUCGUCUGCUGGAUACCGGUACGCUGAGUCAGAUGCGAGGUCCUCCAGAUUCGCAAGAAGUGUUUCGAGGAGAGGAGGAAGAUAGUGGUGGUGAGGAAGGAGGGUAUGGUACGCCAAGACCUGACGCUGUCGGCGCCUUCCCAGGGACUGAGCAACACUAUGCAGGGAGUGGUACAAGCAGUAGCUACUAUUGAGGAAGCCGGAUGCCAUACGUGCUUGGUGGCCUAAAGUCAGUGAUAGCUAGCGAGCGGUUGAGAUUGAUUCCAGCCAACUCUUGCAAUCUUGGAAAACUCCAUGUGAAUUUUUCAACUCCCUCGUUCAGACCUCGUAUCCUCUGCCUCCGUUUCGCUUGAUAGUAGUACAAUGCCAGCGAUAGUGUCGAAGAAGCUGCGCCUUAAAAGCGGAAUUACACGUGACUCGCCUGUGCUUGCCUGGUUCAGAUUAGUUCCAGCGCCCAUCUUUGUGCGAGCAAUCAAGGCUUAUCU